GAGAGAGCGACAGAGUAAGGGAGGAGGGGAUGAAGGGAAAAGCAAGUAGCAAAAAAUCCCAUUUCAAAGCAAAAGGACAACAGGUGUCUAGACUUAAUACAGCAGCAGAAACAGAAGAGCACUGGAAAACAAAGAGAAGAAAAGAAUGAAGGAAAUGAAAACAAGCUGUUCAUGUGAAAGACAGAGGCAGAGGUGAAUAUUGAACGUGUGCGAUAUUGUGUGUACUCUGUUUGCACACAAAGAGUGUGUUGGUAAUUGCUUCAGUGACACGGACAAAGCUUCUGUGAGAAAUUACAGACAAAAACGUCUGCUUAAACACGAAAGAUGGAGGGAGGCGAGGGGAGGAGAGCAGGAGGAGAACGAAGCAGCCGGCUAUCGGCCUUGCAGGAGCAGCUUGUGUGGUCUUUACUGGGAUCAGGGCUGUCAAAAGAGCUGCUGAUCCAGGCCAUGGGAGAUCUGGAGCGAGAACGAGCCUCGGCUGGCGCCGAGAGGACGGACCGGGCCGACGGCGAGAGUUCGGAGGAGGGAGACAUGGAUAAUCCACCUCCUAUCUUCCGUGAGCUGGAGAGGCUGCCGCCGGACGAGGCUGCGAGGCAGAGGGCUGAAGUCGACCAGCUGUUGCAAGAGGAUCCUUGGCAUGUGGCUAAAAUGGUAAAGAGCUAUAUGCAGCAGCACAACCUACCACAGAGAGAGGUAGUGGAGUCCACUGGCCUCAACCAAUCCCAUCUCUCCCAGCACCUCAACAAGGGCACACCCAUGAAGAAUCAAAAGCGAGCCGCUCUGUACAGCUGGUAUGUCAAGAAACAGGCAGAGAUCAACCAGCAAUUCAAUAAUGCCAGUCGUGGUGUCGUGUCAGGAGAGGAAUCUGGGGAAGAUGUGAGAAAGGGACGGAGGAAUCGAUUCAAAUGGGGCCCAGCGUCCCAACAAAUCCUGUUUCAAGCCUAUGAACGACAGAAAAACCCCAGUAAGGAGGAAAGGGAGGGACUGGUGGAAGAGUGCAACAGAGCGGAGUGUCUUCAGAGGGGAGUUUCUCCAUCUCAGCUGGCUGGCCUGGGCUCUAAUUUGGUCACAGAGGUUCGUGUAUAUAAUUGGUUUGCAAAUCGCCGUAAAGAGGAGGCAUUUCGCCACAAACUGGCACUGGAUGUGCCCUACAGUAGCCAGUCAGCUCCCUCUACAGGCCAGACACUAGUAUCCAGUCCAUCACCAGUUCUGAAGUACAGUCAGCCAGUGGUGUGUGAGAGUCUGGGCACAGUGAGAAGCUCUAGUGGUGAAGACAGAGGUGACAGUGGUCGUCUAGCCAGUCCAGUCCAACUACAACCCAGUCAUACACUCCUGGAUACACACCAUCACAAACAAGUAUCUGGUGGUGGCUCCUUACCUCCUGUCAGUACUCUCACUUCCCUGCAUGGAGUGUCAGGAUCCUCUGCUGCCCCUCCAGGACUCAUCAUGGCCUCCCUACCAAGUGUAAUGAGUCUGGGGGACUCCUCACUCCUCAUAGGCUUGACAUCCUCUCAACCACAGACAGUCCCUGUCAUUAACAACGUAGGCGGAGGCUUUACUACCCUUCAGCCAAUCUCGUUUCAGCAGCAGCUUCACGCUUCACAGCAGCAGCCAAUAGCGCAGCAGCUUCACAGUCACAUUGGCCCAAGCUCCUUCAUGGCAACAAUGGCACAGUUACCAUGCCACAUGUACAGCAAGGCAGACUUGAGCUCUUACCCCUCCUCCAGUCUCCUGUCCCAGGCUAUGGUCAUCGCAGACAGCAACAGCCUUGGGACACUGACUAACCUCACAGCUGUUCGACAGAUUCUCACCUCAGAUUCUGAGGGUCACGCAGACACUCCCAUUGAAGAGGAGUCUUUACAUCUGCAGUCCACUUCACCUGAGCCAGUGUCUUCGGGCAGUUUGGAGCUCUACCCUCAGACCCAGACUAGUGAAACCCAUCCUUCUCACCUGCUGUCUUCCUCACCCGGAGAUAUAGACCCUUACAUCCCUACACAGAUGGUUUCUACUGCACAAUAGCUGCCUCCAAAAGCAGCUGCAUAUGAGAAAAUGAACUUUUUGAAUGCAUUGGAGAGCAAAAAUAAAUGAAAUAAAAUGAAAAGUAACAUUCCCUGUAAAAAUCCAAACUGCCAUAUUGCUACCUGCUGCCUAUUUACACUAAUAAUAAGCUUUGUAAAAACACCUUUAAAUUAUGCUCCAUACAGUUUAAGUUUAAUUCAAAAUAGACACUUCUGUGAACAUGUAUAUAAUUAAAGUUUUAAGUUUCAAAAAUGUGUGUAAUAAACUGACGUAAAAACAUAAAUGUAAUUGUUCUAGAUUUUUUUGUUUAGCCAGUCUGAUAGAAUGAUUAAAAUGAAUAAAAAGUAUAGAAAU